CGCCCCCCAAUCGCCGACGCGACGGUACCCAUUACACUGUAUCAUCGCAUCUUCAGCGAGUUCCAAGAUGACUGCAAAACUUACACACCCACCAAGGAAGAUCAUGAUUUCGCCUCGAAGUUCUCCCAUUCUAUGUCGGCUUUUUUUGAGAAUGAGGACGCCAGGGCUCAAACAGCUCGAAAUCACUUUUCAGAUUAUAAACUCGACUUUUUGCCCACCAAAAUCAAGUCCUAUUGCACUGAUGGGGAUCUUCGGUAUAAAAACCUUUGCUAUGCGCUCCUCGAAGUCAAGCAAGAGCUCUCCACGGGCGGUGCUGAUCCUCUCUUUGAGGCCGCCUGGUAUUAUAACGCCUUGACACGGGAUCACUCGGUAGAUAAAACCCGUUCCUGUCUCCCUUGCUUUAUUCUCUACCUCACUGGCGCCCACAUUGGCUUUGCAGGUGCCCUCUGGACCAUUUACCCUCAUGUCCAGGUCCUGGCCCCCACUUUGCCGCUCUUCUACCAUGCAUCCGACGUCAAUAUGCGUAUGCAAACUGCACGUUUUUUGGGUGCAACAAGGAAGGCGAUCUUCGCGUUGAACCACUACUACAAAUCCGAACUUCCACAGAUAACGGUCGAUCCUACCGUCAACUUUCCGUAUCCCACCGAUUUCAUUUCCCUGGACAGCGGCGAGAACUGCGCAUUUGAAUACUUAUCGUGGCUCGACCACAAGAGACUCUUAUUCUCUGGUACCGCUGGUGAUAAGAAAAUAUUCAUCAAGUUCACCCAUCGGUACUCCAAGGAUGCACAUCUCAAAUGCGUCGCAUUGAAAUGUGCACCUGCUUUGGAGGGCUUUCAGGACAUUCCCGGGGGUUGGCAUAUGGUUGUCAUGGGUUUGAUUGGUGAUGAUUAUCAUGAGUUGCGGUGUUCAGACAUGAAAGCCUCGUUCAAAUCCGAAAUCGAAAGGAAGGUGACCGACCUCCACCAAAAUGAAUUUGUGCAUGGUGACAUUCGAACUACCAACAUCAUGGUCCGGAAAGACGGUAAGCCUGGGAUCCUCCUAGUCGACUUUGACUGGGCAGGUAAAAUUGGAGAAGUGCGAUAUCCAAUGAACGUGAAUGAUGUUGAAAUCAAGCGACCCGAAGGAGCAUCUGAUGACCAGCUUAUUAAGGCUGAGCAUGAUAUCGCUAUGAUUGGUUACAUGUUUGAGUAG